UUAAAAUUAAACAAAUAUUAAAGUGCACAAAACGAGAAAAAUAAAAACAACUGUGUUGUGUUUACGAAAGCAAGUCUCGAUUCGCACAAGUUCUUUCACAAUUAAUCAAGAAAUUAAUUAUAGCCAAUGAGACAGAUGUGAAUGAAUUGCAUAGCGAAAACAUAAAACACACAGACGAACGAGCGACAUUCAGUUGUGCAUCCCAUUCCAUCCAGAACGAAAAAAUAGAAAUUGGAGAGUGAACCGCUCCACCCCCUCGCCAAAGCAGAAGAUGUCUUAAUUUUAAUCAAAUCUAUCCAUAAAAAUGAAUUAAGAACAAGUUGGCAGCAUAGAAGCAACACAUUCCCAACAAAACGUGCUACAUUCCUUUGUGGCAACGACAUUUUGGCAACAAAAUUUAGCUUUAGCGUACGGGCCCCCAUCGUAUCCACCCCCUCAACGCGCCGAAUACGGCCUUUGACAAUAGACAAGUGACAAGAGAAUUCUCCAAUAUUUGUAGAAGAUGACAUCGUAUAUUGAGCUGCUCGGUUUGGUUGUGCUACUAAUGCUACCUUUUCUCUACGAAUCGAGUCACAUUUUUCGGUAUUAUUUUAAAUUCCUCGUCUACUAUGGCAUCGUUUCACUCAACUCAAUUAUCCUGAUACCAGCCUUCCUGUUUCGUCCGUGCGACGUUCGCAAUUUGCUAUGGGCGAGUGCAUUCUGUCAUCGCGUCACAGCUCUAAUCGGCUUGCGAUGGGAGCUACGUGGAAAAGAACAUUUGGAAAAGGAUCGGGCCUGUAUUAUUGUUGCAAAUCAUCAAUCAUCGUUGGACGUGUUGGGAAUGUUUAACAUCUGGCCGGUAAUGAACAAAUGUACGGUGGUGGCUAAACGUGAAUUGUUUUAUGCCUGGCCAUUUGGUUUGGCCGCCUGGCUAGCCGGUCUGAUAUUCAUCGAUCGGGUUAGGGGUGAGAAGGCCAGAGACACCCUCAACCAAGUCAACAGCAAGAUCAAGAAACAAAACAUUAAAUUGUGGGUGUUUCCCGAAGGAACGCGUCGCAAUACCGGAGAACUGCAUAGCUUCAAAAAAGGUGCCUUUCACAUGGCCAUAGACGAACAGAUACCAAUCUUGCCAGUGGUGUUCAGCUCCUACUGCACAUUCUUGAAUGACAGAAAGAAAAUUUUGAAUGCGGGUAAUAUUAUCAUAACAGCUUUGCCGGCCUUGAGUACCGAAGGACUAACCAAGGACGACUUGCCCGAGUUAAUGGAUCGAGUACAUAAACUAAUGUCCGAUACAUUUAAGCAGACAUCAAGCGAAAUUGUACAACGCUAUGCCUCGAAGACAAUAAAAAGCAGCAAAACUGCAUUGGGGCAGAAUGAUGGCGAAAGUACUCUCCAGCAAUUGGCGGAGCAGAAAAUAAGCAGCACCUCGCCCAAAUCUGUUACAGCCUCGAGUCGUGUGGCGGUAUAUGAUCUAUCCACGACUACGGAAGAGUCGACAACACCCGCAGCGACAACUAGUCAAGCUCAAGACAUUGUAAAUAAGUCAACAGCAACAGAACUUAAAGAUGUCACCAAGAAAGCGAACAUUCAGGCAUUGGUUCAUUAGAAAGUACCGAAAAAACAACAACAACAACACAAGAAAAAUGCGAAGCACACAACAGGAUACUCUUUGUUUAAGAAACCAAAACCAAAAAAAGCUUGCAAUUUUAAUUCGAUUCGAUUGUUUAUUUGUCAUUUGUUUUUUUUUUUUUCUACUUCUGUAUCAAUUUUAUUAUUUAAGCAACCAAAUAUGUAUUAAAAUAGUCAAUGCUAGGCCAACUUCUAACUAACCAUUCGUAUGACGGUAUUUUUAAAAGACUAACACAAACUCUCAUAUCGACCAUUCUAACAAGGACUUUUGAUUACGAACCAAGAUUCUUGCCUCAUUCAAAGCAUCACCAAAGGUCAUCAUUCCUUAAAAUAAGUUUUACACAACAUACCAUACCAGUAAUGCCCCCUGUAGUUAAUUUAGGUUUGUAAGAUCAGCUUAAGUAUUAAUUGACAGUAUACACACAUAUAUGUUUUAACAUUUGGGACGACAAGCACAUGUAUUAAUAGCUUAUCCGUUUUUAUGUAUUUCAUACUUGACACCAGACCAAAAACCACACACACACACACCACAUCAUGGAACAUUCACAUUUUUUUUUUUUAAUUUUAGAUAAUUUAUGAUAGGGAAAUGUUUUUGUUUGUAUUUUGCUUUCAUUGUAAACGCCUUUUGUUCGAGUUAAAGUUAAAAUAAGAUAUUUGUAAAAAUCAACCAAAUUAUGCUGUACCAAAAUAAAAAAUGACAUUUUAAUUAAAACCCA